AUGCAGUUCGCACCAGGUGAGGUGCACGUGGAACGGCCACAGCAAGGUAUUACCACAAUACAUCCUCGAUACAUGCAGCAGACACAGCAGACGUUCUCGCAGACAGCGCAGGUGAUUAUUAGUUUUUGUUAUUAUUUAUUGUUAUUAUUUAUUGUUGUUAUUUAUUAUUUAGUGUUAUUAUUUAUUAUUAUUUAUUAA